CAGAGUCCUAUCUCUCUUAGUAUGGAAAGUGUCUCCACUAUCCCAUGUUGAUAAAGAUCCCAUGAAAGAGAAUAUGGCUCAGGAAGCAAAAAGACCAUUGCUCUCAGAAGGAAGGAAACGUGCACCAUUGGGAGAGGUGGAAGGGAUCCUCCUGCCGAGUACAACAGUGAAUAACUGGGAUCAAAUACAGAAAUUCAAAGCCAAGAAUGAUGAUCUUCUCAUUUGUACCUAUCCUAAAUCAGGAACAACAUGGAUUCAAGAAAUUGUAGACAUGAUUGAACAAAAUGGAGAUGUGGAGAAGUGUCAGCGAUCAGUCAUUCAUCACCGGCAUCCUUUCCUUGAGUGGGCACGCAUUCCUCAACCUUCCGGUGUGGACCAAGCCAAUGCAAUGCCAUCCCCUCGGGUACUGAAGACACACCUGCCCACCCAGCUGCUUCCUCCAUCCUUCUGGGAAAGCACUUGUAAGAUCAUUUAUGUAGCUCGGAAUGCCAAAGACUGCAUGGUAUCCUAUUACCAUUUCCAAAGGAUGAGCCAAACACUCCCUGAACCAGGAACUUGGGAAGAAUAUUUUGAAAACUUCAUGAAUGGGAAAGUGAGCUGUGGCCCCUGGUAUGAUCAUGUUAAAGGAUGGUGGAAAGCAAAAGACAAACACCAAAUUCUCUUCCUUUUUUAUGAGGACAUCAAAGAGAAUCCAAAGCGUGAAAUUCAGAAGGUGAUAAAGUUCAUGGGAAAGAACCUGGAUGAAAUGAUAAUAGAUAAAAUUGUGCAGGAGACAUCAUUUGAAAAGAUGAAAGAAAAUCCUAUGACAAACCGUUCUACAGUACCUACAACUAUUAUGGACCAAUCCAUUUCUCCCUUCAUGAGAAAGGGAAUUGUUGGAGAUUGGAAAAAUCAUUUCACUGUGGCUCAAAAUGAGAUAUUUGACAAAGACUAUAAAAAGAAGAUGGAAGGAAUCUCUUUACCCUUCCGCAUGGAAAUAUGAUAAUGGUGUGGAUGAUGAUAAAGAUGAUGGUGAUGAUUAUAAUUAUGAUUAUUAUACUGUGAUUGUAGUGAUAAUGAUAAUAAUGCUUUCAAGUUUGCAAAGUGCUUUGCAAAUAUUAUCUCAUGUUAUUGUCACAGAUAUAUUCUUGACAGCCACCAAACAAUAGAAGCUAAAAAAGCACGUGUAAUCUUGUGGUAAAAUUGGUCUCUAAUGAUUAUAAUGUCCACAUAACACUCUUAUUAAAAAUACUAAUAAUUAAAAGUG